AGCAGUUCAGUCAGUGUACUGUUUGAGUAAAUGAAUUACUCAGCGAUAUUGGUUUAUUUUAACUCAGAGGGAGUGUCAGUCAUGUUAAAAAAGUUAACAGCUUAAGUCAUUUGUGGAUUAAUGCGUAUUAGAGACGCGAACCGUUUCAAACGAUUCAGUUCGAUUUGGUGAACUGGUUCAACCGGUUCACUAAGAAGAACCGGUUAAAUUCAACGAUUCGUUCGCGAACAGGACAUCACCAACGUUACAAGUGACUUGUCGGUUUAACUCGAGCCCAUCAGCAGCAGUAGCCCUGAUUAUUCAUCCAGGACGCGGUCAAAAACAGCACCAAUAUGCGGAAUUAUUCUUGCCUUCUUUGGUUUUUAUUGUUUGUGGAAGGUAUAUCUAGUGAUGCGUUGGAGGUGACUGUGGGAGAUAAUGUCACUCUAAAAAGCUCUUCUGGAGUAACGAGUGAAGAUCAGAUACUGUGGAAGUUUGAAGGCUCCAUCAUAGUUAAAGUAGAGGAAGCAAAAGGAAUCAACGAUUUUUCUGAAGAUGAGAAAUUCAAAGACAGGUUGAAACUGGACAAACAGAAUGGAUCUCUAAACAUAACAAAUAUCGAAUUUAAACAUGCUGGAAAUUAUCAACUAGAUAUCAGUGGGAAAGCACCUAUUAAACCCCAAACAUUCAGUGUCACUGUCCAUGAUGUUAAGUCAGAGUCAAAGAAAGAGGGAGAUUAUUUCUCUCUAUCAACUGAUGUUAAAGGACAAAAAGGCAAUCUGAUACUAUGGAAGUUUAACGGUCAAGUCAUCCCCACUGAUCACUUAAACGGCACUAAAUGGAGCAAUAUAAAAGUGUCUGAGGAUACUGGAAACCUCAGCUUUGAAAAAAUCCAAAUCAAUCAGACUGGAAUUUACGAAGUGGAGAUCAACACCAGCAAUUUGUUCUUAAACAGGAAAUUCAAUAUUACUGUUGCUCCACCUCCACCUCCACCUCCAUCAGGUGCUCCUUCAGGGAUAUGUGGUGCUGGUGUUGGUCUGGUAGUUUGGGUUGUAACUGUGUUUUUUCUGCAAGAAGUAUAAACAACCAAGGCAAAGGUGUGCCAAUGCUACGCAUGAGAGCAACUUAAUGCAUGCUAUGGAAUGGGCAACUCUUAACAGCAGAGGUUUAUAGUCACUAUAACAGUAUACACAUGAACCGUAUUUGAAUCCAACACGUGUGCUUUUUAGAUUUGAAACUAAGUGAGAAUUUCAUUUGUUUUGGCAUAAUUAGAGAAAUGUGCUUUCAUUUAUUUCACAGUUUGCUGAUAACACAUCUGUGUUUGACUUGUUUAGAUUAAUUUUGAUGUACUCCAGGAUUGCUUAUUGUUACACUUUUACGUAGUUUAGCAGAAAUAUUAUCAUACUUAAUGUGCAAAUGCUUUUUUUUUGUUCCAUUGCUUUUCUUUUUCUUUCAAUGAAUAAUUCAUGCUUAAAAAUGUUUAAAUGAUUGACUUCUGACACUUUUGACACCACAUUUUUCCAAAUGAAUCCAUUGUGGAUGUGUAAAGUCACUAUUUUCAUCAAGAAUGCAGUUACUCUUAGUGGCACUCUGAUGAAGAGUUACAAGUUUAUUUUUGUCUAAACAUUUCAUUAAUUCAGCUUAAAUAAUGAUUGCAACAUAAAACACAUCACAGUUUUUUUCAGUUGUCAUCAUUGUGUGGAAGUAUUAUGAGAAAAAAAAUUGUGGUUUGCCCAAAAUUGUGCUGUAUGUUUGUGUUCAAGUUGCAUAUUAAAUGUACAUUUCAAUUAAAUUUGAAACCGUAAUACAGUAUAAAACACCUGGCAAUACCAUAAACAGUAUCAGAGAGAGAUUGAUCAUUGGUGAAAUGUGUAAAUCACCUCCAUCAUUUCAGAUCUCUGUAAGAAACAAACACGCUUCUCUCAUUAAAUAAAGGACUUGUGUAUGUGUAAUAA